CGGCGCUGGUUACCAGGGAGAUGACUCGGCGUCCGUCUCCUCACUUCACCGAAUUAAAGUCACCGCGUUAUUGAUGAACAUAGAGACCACUUCAGUUGGGGGAGGGGCACUUCGGAAAACUAAAACUAAAACUUUUACCGUCCCGGCCGCUGAAAAUGCCGGUGAAACCAAGAAAGAAAGCUCAGUCCAAGGAAAAAGCAGCAAUUAUUGAAGUUUUCAAUGUGCAUGUCAUCUUUCCCAAUCAAGAUAGAUAUGAUGGGGAAUGCACAAGGACUGAAGAUGGUGCACUAGAGAGAAAUGGAUUUGGAACUCAUACAACACACAAUGGUAUAAUAUACACAGGCCAAUGGAAAAAUGACAAAAUAAAUGGCGCUGGAAAACUGGAGCAUCCAUCAGGUGCAAUAUAUGAAGGAGAAUUUAAAGACAACAAAUUCCAUGGGACAGGCACCUACACAUGGCCAAAUCAGUUCAAAUAUAUUGGAAGCUUCAAUGAGAACAAAUUGGAAGGGGAAGGCAAGUUCAUAGAUUCAGAAGGUUAUGAAUGGGUUGGCACAUUUCAUAACAGAGCUGCACCAGCUCUCAAGUUGAAAAUGGAUAUGUAAUUCCUGAACGGAUGAAACUUGUUCCUGGAAUGUUGGCAUUUGAUUUUUAAAGUACUUUUUAUGCAACUAAAACAUUAAAGAAAAAUAUAGUUUUAUUUCAAAGAAUCUGCCUUAUACAAAUUUUGUUUGGUUUACAUGAAAUCAUUCAAUUGGUUGGUUCUAACAUGUUUAAUAAAACAAUACAACAUUAACUGGAA